AAAAAAGAAAAACUUUACCCCUUUUUAACAUUCUUCAGAGAUUUAGGGUUUAUCCGUCAUGAGUGUGGCUUCUUCCCUGGCACUGUGUCCAAUCUCUCCAAUCCCUCGCUGGGACAAAGGAGCCAAAGAGGGGAUUGCCACCACAAAAUGCAAGGUAACGAAAGAAAAGAAGCAAUCUCUCUCCAAGCAGGAGCUGCGAAUUGGAAUUCCACUCACAUUCGCGGCAUUCGCCCUCGCGAAUUUAAACCCCGGCCUCGCGCUGGCUGCUGCCGAUGAUCCCUCUUCCCUGUGCUUGAGCUUUGGUGAUAACAACGCCUACACUGUCAUCGCCAUAGCCUGCGUGCUUCAGGCAGUGGCUCUCGUUGGUGCCGCAGUGGGAGGGACUCUGGCCAGGCAGCGCAAGCUCGAAGUGGAGAAGAUCAAUGGCCAGCUGCGGCAAAUCUUUGCAAAGAUGAGGAGACAGUACCAGGUGGAGACGUAUGCGCCGAGUCUCACGUACGCCCCCGCUACUCUGGGCCGCUCGCAAGAUCUUCCACAGGCCACCGCGCUCGAUCCCGCCAAGCAGGAGCUCACGAAUCGCUUGAGAGGCGGCAAGAGGUUCCUCCGCGAGAAGAAUCCACAGGCCGCCUUUGACGAGUUCCAAAAGGCGAUGGCUCUCGCCAAGGAACUCAACGAUCGCGUCGAGCAGAAGAAAGCUGCUCGAGGCCUCGGAGCUUCUUGCCAGAGACAAGGGAAGUUUCGAGAGGCCAUAAAGCACCAUAGCAUGGUGCUCACCAUCGCCCAUCUCUCCGGCGAGCACAGUGGAUACACUGAGGCUCUGGGAGCGAUUGCGGACUGCUACACGGAGCUGGGAGACCUGGAAAACGCAGCAAAGUUUUAUGAUCAGUACAUAGCACGACUAGACAACGAGGAGGACUAGUUACCGACACUUACCUUUUUUUUUUCUUUUUGUUCGUUCCUCCAAAGCAAUAGCGAAAUCCUGAAAACCUUUAGCGAGAACAAA